AAUAACGAUUUUAACAAAAAAAAAAAAAACCACCAAUCACGUCCAAAAGUUACCCCGCGACGUGGCGACGGAUCGUCGCGAGUCGUUCCACCCACCCCUUCGCGACUUCGAUGUCGACGUUCUCUGACGAAGUCGUCAUGACUACCUCGCCUGUUUACCGAAAAUACAAACGUCACACCGAUCGUGACGGCGAUCGGGACGCCCGCGACCCGCCGUGAUCUACUCGGAUACAUUUCUCCUCCGAAACAUGUACGAUUAUCGGAGUCAGGUGACCUUCGACGACGACGCGACGAAACGAGAAAUUUCGCGUACGAACGCCUCGGCCGAUCGUAGGCCUACCUCCAUUUCGCCAGGAGCUCUGGCGAUCGAUGACGUGGACGGUGACGAGUACGACGAUCGCGAAGAGAAGAGCGAGGAGGAGGAGGCGGAGGAGGAGGACGAGGAGUCGGUGGGACCGAUCGAAAUAACCGGGGCGAUAUUGGGGCAAAUAGAGCGGGAACUGUGCGUGGUUCGUCUCGCGUGGCCAGACAUUACACGGGAGGAUCGGCGGGGCAAGAAUUUGCCCGCUAGCUACCGGAGCACCAGCGACAAGGAGAAGCUGCUCCUCUGGUACGCGGAAAAUUUUCGCAGACAAUACCGCGCUUUAUACCCGGACAGAAAACCGCCGCUGCUGGCGCGGGACAACGAAUGCGGGACACAGAAAUUCGUCUCUACGACGAUCAGACGAAGUACGCUGCCUUAUCCCGAACUCUACAACUGGCAAGGAUGCCUGAAAUUCGUCAGCGAUUACCUGACCUACGAAACCCCGAGAGAUCCGAUCCUGAUGCCUGACCGCCUCUGCUCUCCUACGAGGGUACUUCAAAGACAGAAGGGAAAUUCUUUUGAAUUUGCUACGGUACUGUGCAGUCUUUUAUUGGGUCAGGGAUAUAAUGCCUAUGUUGUCAGCGGCUAUGCCAGCAGAGAACAAGUUCAAUGUGAUCGCACACGGCAGGCCUGUCCGCACUUACCGAAACAGGAAGAAAGGGAGCCGGUGAAACAACCUUCGGACACUUACAUCUAUCGCAUGAAGCCACCUCCUGACAUGAGAAGUAAAUUUGUCCUUGAAAUGGAAGCCAGAGAACGAAGAAAGCAGGAAGAUGACUUGAGGCGCCAGGAAGAAGAGCGCGAUAGGAUGAUUCUUGAGUUGGAGCGUUCUCCGCAGGACGAUUACUGGGGCCACCGAGUACACGCAUGGGUCAUUCUUCUUCCAGAUGAGCAUGGUGUUCGUAGAGAUGAAAUAGCAGAGCCUAUUUUCCUCGAGUGUACUUCUGGGGAAUAUUACUUUCCUGCUGAUGUCCAGACCAACAAUUUGUAUCUGGGUGUAGAAAGUGCAUGGAAUGAUCAGAAUUACUGGGUAAAUAUGCAAAUUUGUGGAGAUGGAUGCUCGUUUAUUGAUUGGGAUCUAUUCAAUAUAUCUUUGUGGGAGCAUCUACUCCCAGGAGAAUCGGCAUUGCUCCGUGAAGACGAAGAAGAAAAGACUGAUAAAGAUUUCAGUGUAGAAACGGACAAACAUUUAGAUAUGCCUUCUUCCUGGGUGGAACAAAUUGAAAUAUCCAGUAUUGCCUACGAACGGCGCUAUCCUGGUGGAAGCAAGAUCGUACUGUAUAAGAAAGCUAAGGUAGAAUUAUACGCACCUUAUGUACAGAGAGACGGACUCAUUAAAAAAAUCACAUUAUACGAAGAUUAUGAGUACAUGAGUCCAAUAGCUGUCUAUGAAACUUUUGCUAAUCGAGCUGAUUAUCUGGUAAAGACUUUAAGAAAUUUGGAUCAGGAAACAGUUGUCGAUUGUUAUGACAGAGGACGUCCAGAUGCAUGCAAAGAACACCGAUACUUUCUGAGCAAUGCUUCAACGAAUUCAGAAACUUCCUUAGAUUAUUACGAUAUCGUACGAUUGGAUGGUCUAGCUCGCAUCGAAAUGCACCAUUUGUACCUUGUGCAGCACUUUGUUAAUCGCGAAGACCUUCUUUAUUAUCGGUACGUCCAAUAUAGUUCUGAGCGGACCACCUCAGUGAUUGAAGAAUAUCAACGUGUUCUCUGGAAAAUAACUGAGAAGUAUCAUAGAAACGAAUCUGUUCCUGCAAGUAAAGAUAUUGCUAUAAGAGAAUUUGCAAUUGGGGAUAAUGAGAUUAGAUUGAAAUAUCACUAUGAAAGAGGCAAAGGUACCAGAGCCACGAGGACAUUUAUAAAACCACUUCCUUCUGACAGGGGAGACCGCCUCAUCUUCAAUCCCGAUAUGACUACUGGAUAUAAUCCAGAUCCUAUGGCACCUUCCGAAAAAUCGUUGACGCUGUAUUAUGAACUGCAUAGACAAUUGAGAGAUGAGGAAAUGUGCAGAACUUUGAUAGCGACUGCCGAGGAUGAAGUGAAGACAUUUUUGAGAGGACGUUCAUUUGAAUACUCACUGCCGACCCUGAAGGUUUCUCUGUUUGAUAGAAAUCGGAAUGAGGAUGCUAAAGCUGGGAUGUUCGCCAGGGAUGAAGCACUCAGAGCGCAGAGUAAGCGUGAAGUUGUUAAGGAAAUGGAUUAUUUGGGCCCAUACCUGGCUCGUCUCGGUAAUCCCGAAUACUUGAGUAAAGCUGAAGCUCUUCAACUGCAAGAACAUUGCUUGACAGAUUUCAAGCAAAAACUGGUUGAUAGAGCUAACUCUAUACUGGAAGCAUUUGAGAAAAGUAGUCAAGAAUUGAAGCAAAAGCAGCAUCUCCAUACUCAGCAUUUCUUACUUUCAAACAGAAGCGUGAAUUUACUCGGGAGGAUGAAGAAAAGUUCCAGAACGAGAUGAAUGAUGCUAUCUUCAAAUUACAUACCUUGGAAAUGCAGUUGAACCGUUGCCGCGAUUUAGCACCAGAUCGUUAUAGAAUGCUGGUUGGGAAUCUCAGGGCUGAUCCGCGUUUAGCUGUCAUUUAUCAUCCCGUUUGAAUAAGGCUUGU